AAAAAAAUUGGAAAUUAGUAGUAAUUGUCCGAAAAAUGACCUUGAAUCAAAGUUAGCAAAGAAUGAGGAAUGUAUACCACUACCGUCGCUGUCCCGUUCUCCCUCAGAUUCCCAAUCAUAAAUCUACUCCUUGAGAUUCAAAAUCAAACCUAAAGCCUAGAGCCUAGAGGGCCCAAAAGCCAUGGGAGCUGCUUAUUCCUCACUUGUGCAUUUCCUAUAAACCCUAAUCUCAAUUUCCUAUUCUUCAACUCAAAUUAAUUGUUUGUUUUUAUUUUUCUUUCAAAUUCAAACCCUUUGAAUUUCCUUCUCUGCUACACGAACUUAUGGGCACAGCUCGUAAUUUGAUGGAGGAAGAGAGAAAGAGGGGGAGGGAAAUUACUUGGGAUGAUAAGGAGGUCUGCGGGCACUACUUGGUUUGUUUUUGCCCGUUCGAUCUCUUCGCCAAUACUCGAAGCGAUCUAGGACAGUGCCCUCAAAUACAUGACCCAAAGUUGAAAGAAAGUUUUGAGAAGUCACCACAGCAUGAUGCAUAUGUUCCCAAGUUUGAAGCCGAACUUGCUCAGUUUUGUGAGAUGUUGGUUAUGGAUUUGGAUAGAAGAGUAAGGCGUGAGCGCGAACGCCGUCAUCAGGAGGUGGAACCUGCUCUACCACAUCCACUGUCAAGUGAAAAGUCUGAACAUUUGUUUGUUCUGGAGGAAAAGUUAAAGAAGUUGCUUGAACAAGUGGAGGUCCUUGGUGAAUCCAGCAAGAUGGAUGAAACUGAAGUGUCCAUGAGAAAGAUGUCUAAUAGAAAUGGUGUGGAGAAUCCUCAAGUUGGUCAGGGCCAUCAGGCCCAGGGUGGUUCAAGUGACCCUACUCUCUUUGGUAAUAUCCAACCAAACUGGUAUAGUGUCAUACUCCAACAAAUCUCAGUCUAUGGUAUAGCUGCUGGUUACUGCUUAUCUGCCUCAUUGCUUUCCAUUAUCAACAAAUGGGCUGUCGUAAAAUUUCCUUAUCCUGGGGCACUAACUGCUUUACAGUAUUUUACAAGUGCUAUGGGGGUCCUUGUAUGUGGCUGGCUUAAGUUGCUAGAACAUGAUUCGCUUGACCUUCUUACCAUGUGGCGCUUCCUACCAGCAGCAAUUAUAUUCUACCUCUCUCUCUUCACCAACAGUGAGCUCCUUCUUCAUGCCAAUGUCGACACUUUCAUUGUCUUUCGUUCAGUUGUUCCAAUCUUUGUUGCUAUAGGAGAGACUCUCUUCUUGCACCAGCCAUGGCCAUCAAUUAGGACAUGGGCCUCACUUGCCACAAUUUUUGGGGGAAGUGUGAUUUAUGUGCUUACAGAUUACCAGUUCACAGUCACGGCUUAUAGUUGGGCUCUAGCUUACUUGGUAAGCAUGUCGAUAGAUUUUGUCUACAUAAAGCAUGUGGUAAUGACCAUCGGCUUAAAUACAUGGGGUCUUGUACUCUAUAACAAUCUCGAGGCUCUUCUACUGUUUCCAAUUGAACUACUAGUAAUGGGAGAAUUGAAGAAGAUUAAGCAUGAAAUCACUGAUGAAUCAGAUUGGUAUUCUUUUAAUGUGCUUUUGCCAGUGGGGUUAUCUUGUUUAUUUGGUUUAUCUAUCUCUUUCUUUGGAUUUUCUUGCCGAAGGGCAAUUUCUGCAACUGGAUUUACUGUUCUUGGUAUAGUGAACAAGCUAUUGACUGUUGUGAUUAAUCUGUUUAUUUGGGACAAGCAUUCAACCAUUGUUGGUACAGUGGGGCUGUUAAUAUGUAUGCUAGGCGGUGUUAUGUAUCAGCAAUCUACAAGCAACAAGCCUAAGGUUGUGAAUCAGGUAAAAGCACAAAAGAUGGAGGAAGAACAACAAAAGUUAGUUGAGAUGAACACCAGCUUAGAGCAAUGAGAAAUGGAACGUUGAAUCUCGACGGGGAAAACUAGGAGAGGGAAUUUUCAAGGUAAUAUUGUUAUAUACUUUGCUGCUUCUGGGUUUUAAUUUUCUCCAGUCCAAAUUUAUUGGUUAGUAAGUCUCCCCCAGAGGCAACUUCUCAUGGAGAUGACGCAACUUUCGAGUUUCACAGAAUGCCUGUGAUGGAUAUGUGGAUAAAGAUAAGUAUUGGGCCUGACAACUUGGAAAAUUGAAUUAUUUGUUGGCCGGAAACUUGUGUACUGAAAAAUUUAGUUCUGAAGUCGAUUCUGCUACAUUUAUUCACCUUGGGAACACGCAGUCAGACGAAAUUUUGCAUUCUUUUCUUUUGUAAACUUGUAUUCAUCAGAUAGUCUCAAUAGAAAUACCGUAUUUUAACUGUGUACUUGUAGGCAUUACGGGUGAUAGUGUUGGUUUUUAAUUUUCUUUAAUUAUGUGUAAAAGUUUUAGUAUGAAGUUGGCAAAAUUUGCCAAUUUGUAAUUGAGAGGGAAUUUGUUUGUUAUAUUUCAGAAUAUGUUAUUGUUUACA